AUGUAUAGCUUGCUGUACAAAACAAGUGCCUGUGUAGCGUUCCUCCUCUGCCUGGUCUGGUAUGGUCAGUCUCACUUCUACCGUGACCCUGGCAGUGUCUUCUUCGACAAGACACGGGCGUACGAGGCCAGCUAUUCGGCGAUCCGGGUAGCCGAAGCUGAACAGACGAUCAGAACGCUUUCCACAGAAGGAAGUCCAUACUCCAAAAAUGUACUGUCGAGAAACAAGACGCUUUGCCUGGCGCUCAACUCGGUGGCACGGCAGACACAAUAUCUUCCGGUAAAUACCUUGCGACACUAUCCUUGUCACAUACUAAUGUUGAUCGACUUGCAGAUCACGAUAGGAAGCAUCCUAAACGGCCUCUCUGAACAAGAGCGCCAAGAUCUUGACAUAUCCGUCCUCAUUGCCGAGACCGAUCCGACACGACAUCCUAGCUGGCACGAACUAUGGCUCAGACGAGCAGUCGACAAAGUCUACACUUACAACGAUGAUGCUGCAAACAUUGAAUAUCUAGAAGAACUACAGAGAACCCAGAACUACCCUGAAAAAGGUGUUUUCGACUAUACCCUUGCUCUUGAACGGUGCUAUGACACGGGCGCUUCGUAUAUCGCUGUAUUCGAGGACGAUAUUCUUCUGGCGCGAGGAUGGUUUAUGCGGGCUUUGCAAGGUCUAGCAGAUAUCACCAAAAUGGACUCGGAGCAACACUGGCUAUUCAUGCGAUUAUUCAACCAGGAAAGGUCAAUAGGCUGGGCCUCUCACGAAAUUGGCGGGAACAACGAGUUCUGGAUUAUCUUCGGUGUUGGUUUAGGAAUAUUGGCCCCUGCCUUAUUCGCACGUCGUCGAUGGAGAGCAACCCAGAAAUACCUCGACCGAGAGAUACUUUUCGUCGUCGUCUUCAUCUUGGUCCCAGGUAUAGUGAUAUUCAUAUAUCAAUCUGGCAAGGCAAGUCUAUUUCCACCGUCACCAGGGGUUUUCAACGAGCCAUUCGGAUGUUGCUCGCAGGCCAUGAUUUUCCCGCGCCGUCAGGUACCCCUGAUGGUAUCCGAGCUACAGAAAAGGCAGAGAGGGCAAGUGGAUUUGAUGCUCGACGAUAUUGCCAUCGAAAAUCAACUGGAUAGAUAUGCGCUGUAUCCAGUUCAGGCACAGCAUAUCGGUAUCGAGUCGGCGAGGAAGACAAUGAAGGAAGAGGCACAAGCGAUAUGGAGCAUGGCAUUUGAGGAUCUUGAUUCUAAACUGUUGGAAAAGGAGCAUGAGAGCAUGGCCAAGAAAUACCAAAAGUUAUUAGAAAAGAUAGACUAA